AUGGGGUCGGUGAAGGAGGGGAGCUUGAAGAAGUUGUGCAGCCACCACGUGGUGCCGUUCCUCGUCGGGGGAAUUCUGCCCAUGGUCCUCCUCUUCGUCUUGGCCUCUGACCGUGUGGGCGAGCAGCUGUCCAGCAUCUCUGGCAACUGGCUGGGGAACAGGAACAGUGGAACUCCCGGGGCGGCGCCUACACCGCUGGAACAUGCGGUAAUCAAGAAAGCAAUCCCAUCGCGCGGUAUAGGAGCUCCCGCGCACCUCCUUGACCACCUCCUGGUCGUCGCCCUCGACCCCGCCGGCUUCCGCCGCUGCGUCGCCGUGAACCUCACCUCCGCCGCCCGGUUCGUGUCCAAGCAGUACCUCGAGCUCGUCUGGACCAAGCUCGAGCUCCAGCAGCGCGUCCUGGAGCUCGGCUACGGAGCUCCCGCGCACCUCCUUGACCACCUCCUGGUCGUCGCCCUCGACCCCGCCGGCUUCCGCCGCUGCGUCGCCGUGAACCUCACCUCCGCCGCCCGGUUCGUGUCCAAGCAGUACCUCGAGCUCGUCUGGACCAAGCUCGAGCUCCAGCAGCGCGUCCUGGAGCUCGGCUACAACUUGCUCUUCACCGACACCGACAUGCUCGUGCUCCGGAACCCGUUCCGGCGGAUCCCGGUGUACGCGGACAUGAGCGUGUCCUCGGACGACUACUCGGCGGCGCGGGCGCACCCGCUGGACAACCCGCUCAACACGGGGCUCUACUACGUGAAGGCGACGAGCCGGGGCGUGCGCAUGCUCGAGCACUGGCGGGCGGCGCGGGCGAGGUUCCCCGGCGCGCACGACCAGUCGGUGUUCCACAACAUCAAGCGCGAGCUCGUCCAAAAGCUGGGGGUCGCCAUCGAGCCCCUCGACACGGUCUACUUCGGCGGGUUCUGCGAGUACCACGACGACCUCGCCCGCGCCUGCACCAUGCACGCCGACUGCUGCGUCGGCGUGGACAACAAGGUGCACGACCUCCGGGACAUCGCCGCCGACUGGAGGAGGUACAGGGGCAUGGCGCCGGUGGAGAGGAAGAAGGCGGCCGGGAAUAUGACAUGGACGGUGCCCGCGCGGUGCCGGAGGUCCGUGAACUGGAGUAAGCCCGUGCACCCCUGAUGGCAGCUGCAGCUCGAAUGAUAACUGAUAUAAGUACUACAGUUUUUUAAUUUGUGUCGUCGAGAUUGCCCAGGAUUUAUGUAGACGUACUGAAUAAACUGUUG